UGCUGAGAGGUCCUGGGACAGUGAUGGAGACGCCUAGUGCGUCUCCCGGGGCCCUGUUGCUCUCAACCGGGUUCCACCCCGGGAAGAAGCGGGCGGCAGGGGAGGCCGGGGCUGCAACGAGGAAGCAACGGGUCUUGGACGAGGAAGAGUACAUUGAGGGCCUCCAGACAGUCAUCCAGAGAGACUUCUUUCCUGACGUGGAAAAGCUGCAGGCACAGAAGGAAUACCUGGAGGCUGAGGAGAAUGGAGACUUGGAACGGAUGCGCCAGAUUGCCAUCAAGUUUGGCUCUGCUCUGGGCAAGAUGUCCCGAGAGCCCCCACCGCCCUAUGUGACUCCAGCCACAUUUGAAACCCCUGAGGUGCACACUGCCACUGGGGUGGUGAGCCACAAGCCCCGGGGCCGUGGCCGGGGCCUGGAGGAUGGCGAUGGAGAGGCUGGAGAGGAGGAGGAGAAGGAGCCCCUGCCCAGCCUGGAUGUCUUCCUCAGCCGCUACACAAGUGAGGACAAUGCUUCCUUCCAGGAGAUCAUGGAGGUGGCCAAGGAGAAGAGCCGGGCACGCCACGCCUGGCUGUACCAGGCCGAGGAGGAGUUUGAGAAGAGGCAGAAAGAUAACCUCGCACUUCCGUCGGCAGAGCAUCAAGCCAUUGAGAGCAGCCAGGCUGGCGUGGAGACCUGGAAAUACAGGGCCAAGAAUUCCCUCAUGUACUACCCAGAGGGCGUCCCUGAUGAGGAGCAGCUGUUUAAGAAGCCCCGGCAGGUGGUGCAUAAGAAUACUCGCUUCCUCAGGGACCCCUUCAGCCAGGCCCUGAGUAGGUCUCAGCUGCAGCAGGCCGCUGCACUCAAUGCCCAGCACAAACAGGGCAAGGUGGGCCCCGAUGGCAAGGAGCUGAUCCCCCAGGAGUCCCCUCGAGUCGGUGGAUUUGGAUUUGUCGCCACGCCUUCUCCUGCCCCUGGUGUGAGCGAGUCCCCGCUGAUGACCUGGGGGGAGGUUGAGAACACACCCCUGAGAGUCGAAGGAUCUGAAACCCCCUACGUGGACAGGACACCGGGGCCAGCCUUCAAGAUCUUGGAGCCGGGCCGCAGGGAGCGGCUGGGGCUGAAGAUGGCCAAUGAGGCCGCUGCCAAGAACCGGGCCAAGAAGCAGGAGGCCUUGCGGAGAGUGACGGAGAACCUGGCCAGCCUCACCCCCAAAGGCCUGAGCCCAGCCAUGUCCCCAGCCCUACAGCGCCUUGUGAGCAGGACAGCCAGCAAGUACACAGACCGGGCCCUGCGCGCCAGCUACACACCAUCCCCAGCACGCUCGGCCCAUCUCAAGACCCCGGCCGGAGGGCCCCAGACCCCGACGGGCACACCGGCACCUGGCUCUGCCACACGCACCCCCCUCAGCCAGGACCCGGCCUCCAUCACAGACAACCUGCUGCAGCUCCCUGCCCGGCGCAAAGCCUCGGACUUCUUCUAGAGCCAGGCCCGGGCUGGGCUUGUGGGAGAUUCGUGGAGCCCACAGGGCAGCUAUCCACCCAGCAGAGGACCUGGCCUUCUGGGGACCCAGGCCCGGGCCAAAAGCAUGACUGUCCCAGGAGCCACAGAAGAAAGGUGCCAUGUCACAGCCAGGCUGGCACAGGACCCACCCCGUGGCCCUUGUCGUGCACCCCAGGGCUUUGCUAGUACUUUUUUCUAUGGAAACCCAUGCCCAUUCCUGUGUAACCAGAAGUAAAGGACACCUAGCACAGCCUGCA